AUGGCUCUGUUUGUAGACCUGGACGACGAUGACGUCGACCCGUCACAGCACCUCGCUGGCGGCAAGGUGCUCUGGAGCACAAACAGCCAGCCAUUGGAGACUGACAAGACCCCGGCAAUCCCGGCCAAUGUCGAGGAGGCUCGCGAGCCUGUUGUCACGGAGGCUCCGAACUGGAACUCCAUGACGGAGGCUUUGGGAUGCUAUCCCCGUCGGACGGCCAUCAGUAUCGCUGCCACAAUCGCCUCCUUUAUUGACCAGAACACGCUCGACAGCCUGGCACGUUCCUGCCGUCAGGUCCGUGCUGCCCUGCUCCAAUUCCGGCGGCCGCUGCUCGCAUCAACACUACGAUGCACGAACGACGGCAUGACUGUCGACGGCGAAGAGACGAUGCGUUAUCGAGCCCGGGCUGGGAAUUGGUACUACAUGGAGGACACCAGCCGAACUUCGCACGGCAAGGUCGGCCAGUGUGCGCGUGACAUGGUCUCGGAGUGCCGCCGCUGUGGCACUGUCGUCUGCAGGAAUUGUGCGAUCAAGCCACCGGCCGCUCCUGUUCUGCGUGAACGGCACCGCCGUCUGUGCACGGGUUGUUCCAAGGCGCCACUCAUGUCGCUCGCGAAGCCGCCGGUUGCGGCCGGCACGCCGCUGCAAUCCGACCUCAUGCGGCGGGCCAUCUGCAACUGCGCAACCGAAGGUGUGUGGCUGUGCCAGCCUUGCGGACGUAGCAUCCGCAGUGAUGACAGCGAGUAUAUGGCCAUCUGGAAAUGGCGGGCGCAAUACGGCGAUGUGAUUGGAGGACUCGGCACUGGGGUUGGCGACGGCGACAGAGGAGUAAUCUGCGGAAGGAACUCGGAAUGCUGUCGUGCAAAGGAGCGAGCGCAAGAGAUCGACUGCGACGCGGAAGACGCACGGGACGCGGAAUACUUGGGCCUUGCGUCAUCGUUUGGAUCGACAGCUGGUUCGUCGACUGGGUCUCUGAGCUCGCUGGCAUCAGCCGCCUCGGCGAUUCCAACAUCGCCUUGGACGGUGCCAAUAGCGCCGGCAACCCAGGCAGCAGCCACGGUGGGCUCGCCGCUGUACUCUCCCGAGGUGGCGGCAGCGCUGGUGAACCGGCGAACACCGUCGCCGGCCCACGGACCUGGAUAUGCAAGGCACGAGAUUGAGGGCAUUGGCGGGGUCGUCAAGAGGACACGGGUCAAGAUGGUGCGUGUGGGGGCCUGCGUGCACGACUGGGAGGACGAGCUCACCAGGGGGGUCAUUUUGGAGAGAGAAAAAACCGGCAAGGCAAGAAGUUGGUGUGGCUGGUGCUGGCGGCCUAUUCCCAGCACCAAGGACGUGCAGACGGAAGGACAGGGAUCACCGACGCGGUAG